UGCGACUCGAGCGGCGAGCGGUGUGCGUGUCGUUCCGUCCGGUACGGUGUUUUCUUCGCGCCGCGGCCGGAGACUCUGCGUGUACGACGCGCCCGCGUGGCUCUCGCGAUUUCUCUUUUCUUUUUCUUGGUUUUAUUUCGUGCGUGCGCGCGCGCGCGCGCGCGACGGCGUGCAUUAGCGGCGAGGAGCGGAUCGUAGCUGGCGGCGCCGCGCCGGAUUGUGGAAACGACGUUGCCGGACGUUAUCGAGAAGUGACGCGCGUUAAGAGGCGGAGUGGUGUUCUAGUGUUACACUUUAUUGUGCCAACAUCGGUUUCUUCCCCCCCAUUUAACGGCCCCUCGCCCUCCGGUUUGUGAUCUCUCUCUCUCUCUUCCUUCCUCCCUCGGCGGGCUCCUUCGUCGUCGCACGAAGGAACCGGAGCCUUGUGGGACGCGGCUGCACGGAACGCUGGGAACGACCGUUGGCCUGGAGGACUUUGGCGGCGCGUGGAUACUCGGCGUGCGUUCGUCGACUCUCCGAUUGGCUCCGUCUUCUCGGAAGGACGAUCAGCGGCAGUGAUGAUGAGGCUCGAAAGUUACCGUUGAUUUGUCGGACAUCCUGCAGGGCCAUUUGUUUCCAGGAUGAACGCGUCGCUGCGGAUUUUGGCUCUGAUCAGCUUAGUCGCGCAAAAUGUGGCUUGGCCGCAGGAUCCCAUUCCUAGACUGCACCUCAAACAUCGUGAGGUGAUUGGCCAGCGGUUUCUGGGCAAUGAAAGCCACGUGGAGCACUUCAAGCUUCUAGAACGUGCGACAACCUCUAUCCUGAUUGGUGCCAGGAACGCCAUUUACAACAUAAGUCUGCACGACCUAACGGAGAUCGCCGACCAGAGAUUGCAAUGGUCCAGCACCGAGGCGCAUCGCGAGCUUUGCUACUUGAAGGGCCGCAGCGACGACGAGUGCCAGAACUACGUGCGAGUAUUCGGCAGACAAGGCCCCGAUCGCUUUCUCGUUUGCGGCACAAACGCCUACAAGCCAGCCUGCAGACAAUUCACGAUCAAGGAAGGAGCGUACGUACAGAAAAGCGAUAUGGAUGGUUUGGGACUCUGCCCUUACGAUCCACGACACAAUAGCACAGCGGUUUUCGCCGAAGGACAGUUAUACGCCGCGACGGUGGCUGACUUCUCCGGUGGCGAGCCGCUGAUUCACAGGGAGAAAAUUCGCACCGAACGCUCGGAUCUCAAUCAGUUGAAUGGUCCCAACUUUGUCAGUUCAUUCGCGUAUCAGGAAUAUGUAUUCUUCUUUUAUCGCGAAACAGCCGUGGAAUACAUGAACUGCGGAAAGUCGGUCUAUUCGCGGGUUGGCAGAGUCUGUCAGCAUGAUAAGGGCGGGCCACACGCAUUUAGCGACAGAUGGACGAGUUUCCUGAAAGCGAGACUCAACUGUUCGGUACCGGGAGAGUACCCCUUCUAUUUCAACGAAAUACAAUCAACGAGCGACGUUACGGACGGUAGAUACGCGGGCAAGUCCGCGCGUCUGGUGUACGGGGUUUUCACGACCCCGGUAAACUCCAUCGGCGGCUCAGCUAUCUGCGCUUUCUCUAUGGACAACAUUCUCGAGGUCUUCCAGGGUGCUUUCAAAGAGCAAGAGACUAUAAACAGCAACUGGCUGCGAGUACUUCCGGAAAAGGUGCCUGAACCCAGACCCGGUGCCUGUGUUAACGAUUCCAGAACACUUCCGGAUAUCACUGUCAAUUUCGUCAAAGCGCAUCCCCUCAUGGACGACGCGGUGCAAUCCUACUUUUCGUUACCUGUGAUAACUAAAACCAGUUUCAAUUAUAGAUUUACCAAAGUUGCCGUGGAUCCUCAAGUAAAGGCAUUGGAUGGUAAAGUUUACGAUAUACUGUAUAUCGGAACAGAUGACGGCCGCGUUUUGAAGGCACUUAAUACACGGGCACCGGAAUCGCGUGACAAUGUCGGUCAAGUUAUUGUCAGCGACGUCCAAGUGUUAAGAUUUGGCCAAGCGGUCAAAGACCUUCUAGUGGUUCAUCUAGCUGGCGAAGCCAGCAAGCUGGUGGUGUUCGCGGAUUCUGAGAUCCGCGCCGUUCCCUUACAUCAUUGCGACUCGCUUGCUGCGGCUACUUGCAGAUCUUGCGUCGCCUUACAAGAUCCUCAUUGCGCCUGGGACGCGACCGCGAACCUCUGCGUGGCGGUGCUGACGAAACUCCACGACAACGACGCCGAUAAGACACUAUUCCAAGACAUCCCGACCGGUAGACACAAAAACUGCGGACGCGAACCAGAGGUAACGAAGUCCGUCCAGCCAGCAGUGGCGUCCGAAAUUGGGCGCAACGAGCAGCCCGACGAACGGGAGAAUGAAAUCAUCAUCGAAUUGGAUCGGGAAAAUCAGUACGGCCGUACACAACCGAGAGCUAAUGAGCCUCAAGGCGUGACUGUGACACCAGUGGUAUAUUCGGCCCAAACAUUGACGGGCGCGCUAAUAGGGACCUGUUUCUGUUCCCUGGUGGCCGGUUUCGCCUUCGGUUUCUGGUUCUCUCAGAGACUACGGGGUUCGUCGUACCCGGAACCGUCGGAACAACGGCAACAGCUGAAUCGGCUAACAGAGAGCUCGGAGUCGCCCGGCUUCAACAACAAGUCCAUCAACCUUGUGCUGAACGUACCGCCCAAGAACCCAAAUGGCAAGAACGCGAAUUCGUCCGCGGAGAACAAGCCAGUGCAAAAGGUGAAGAAAACGUACAUAUGAUACAGAAGGCGACACAGAGCCGUUUGAG